GAAAAGCUCUUGUUUAAUGUCUGUUUGCUGCAGGGGUUGUAAUCAUUUCCUUCCUCGUGUUGUUCAACAAGAGGUGGACAUAUAUUUUGAUGUGAUAUUUAAAAACAUGAUAAUUCAACAUAAUUGAGUUCUUUUAGACAUUAUAAAAGAGAAGUCAGAAAACUCAGGGCAUAUACAUUUACAGGGCACAAACAGUUCUAAUUGACAGUUAAAAAUAGCCAAAUUCUGGCUAAAUAGUAUGUUACUGUACUACUUUGGAGAUUCAAUCAUUAUCUGAAGCAGAUUGGUUGAGUUAAUAGACAGCAAUAAAAAACAUGGUCAGACAACUGUUUUCUAUUUCAACGACAGCGCAUUAAAAGUAAAUAUAUAAUCACCAGGAGGCUAUAACCGUUUCUUUACACACACAUUUGCUCCAUUCGGUCAAAAAUGAAAUUAAGGUUUGUGUUGAAUUAAAAUGAACUUCUCCUCUUUUCUACUACACUCAACAAGGACAAGGUCCUGAGAAGAUGUUCUGACAUCAUCGUGACAAGAGAGACACGCGUGGAGCUGUGAGGAUCCAGCUUUAGGUUCACGUUGAUCCUCCGGGACACCGUGUGGCAGCGUGCACCUGACUUCUGAGAUUAGUCCGUGGCAUAGUGGACACCGAAGAAGAAGAAGAAGACUCUGAUACGUGUGGUAGGGUCUAUGGGUAGAAGUGGUUGUAGUUCGACAGCUGGUGAAACCAGAGAGACAGGGGGAGAGAGAGAGAGGAAGGAAGGCAGAACCAGAAGAACAACCGGCAGCAGAGCGAGGAGGACUGUGGGUAAACACUGAGCGAUCACUGUACAUUCAUACAUCCACCUGAGAUCCGACACACAGGAUGAGUGAAGCUGCCGGGGACUCGCGCACGCUCUGUCUCUUUGAUGUGGACGGGACGCUCACGGCCGCGAGACAGAAUGACUGCAAAGAGAAAGGGACACUGUGGCAACAGGGAUUAGAGAAGUUGUGCUUCAGACAACAUGGCGCGUGACCCCGGACAUGACGGAGUUCCUCGAGAACCUGAGGACCAAGGUUCGAGUUGGGGUGGUGGGAGGGUCCGACCUCUGCAAGAUCCAGGAGCAGCUGGGAGAUGACGUGAUCCAGAGAGUGGACUAUUUGUUUGCGGAGAACGGUCUCGUGGCCUAUGCUAAUGGACAGUUACACUCCAUCCAGUCCAUCCAGGCCCAUAUGGGAGAAGAGCUACUGCAAGAUUUCAUCAACUUCUGUCUCAACUACAUGGCCAACAUCAAACUGCCGAAGAAGAGGGGGACAUUUAUUGAGUUCCGUAACGGCAUGCUGAACGUCUCCCCCAUUGGACGCAGCUGUACGCAGGAAGAGAGGAAAGAGUUCUACGAGCUUGAUCAGGAAGAGAAAAUCAGGGAGAAGUUUGUGUCCGUAUUGAAGGAGGAGUUCAAAGGGAAAGGGCUCUCGUUUUCAAUCGGGGGGCAGAUCAGCUUUGAUGUGUUUCCUGACGGCUGGGACAAGAGGUACUGUCUGGGGAUCGUUGAGAAGGACAACUACUCGACCAUUCACUUCUUUGGAGAUAAGACCAAACCUGGGGGAAACGACUACGAGAUCUACAGCGACCCCCGGACCAUCGGCCACGAGGUCUCCUGUCCGGAGGACACGCAGCGCAUCUGUCAGCAGCUCUUCCUGUUGUGAGAGAUGUGGUAACGUCACCGUAGGUUCCCAGAGAAGAGAGACUCUACUUCGUCGGUCAACAUUCCCUCUCUGGAGGUCUGAUUAGAAAAUGAAUGUAUCUCAGGCAGGGAGAGACAAUGUCACCAUGACUCUGACAGUGUCAAGGAGUGAGAGGGAGGAGUCGCUGACCGAGGAGAAGAGAGAUUUCUGGGUAUUUUUCCUUUUUUGUUGGGGUUUUUCGAAUCAGAGCCGUCGUCGACUGUAAAGUUAAAGGGUUAAAAGCAAUCAACUUUUUCAAUGUGAUUGUGGCUGGUGUUAUCACCUCGUGGUAAACACUGAGCCCAAAUCUGCUUUAAAGAUGAAUGAAGCGUGAUUUUUCAUCCACAUGUAAUUCUGACCAGUCAAGUCUUUGAUUAUUUAAAAAAAAUAAUGGAAAUAUGUUUUCUUUAAUGGCCUGAAAUAGCUUGGACUUUUUUUCGCCCCAUUCAUCAUGUGCCAUGCAUCAUACAAUAACUACCAUCUGAUUCCUAAUGUGCUUUUUAUCUAAACCCCAACUCCCAUGUGACCCGCUGUGCCUCGGUGACACAAACACUGACAAAGGACGCGGUUGUGUCGUGUGCUGUGAUCAGUGGACGCUCUGAGGGACGAGCAGCUGGUCACAUGUCUCUGUUGAUGUGUUUAGUCUGUCAAACAUUGUUGCUGCAGCAGAGACUUUUUUUUUUUCCUGUUGGAAGUUUUCGUGGGGGGUUUUGUCUUCAGCCAUGUUGACUGACACUCUCUGUUCCAUCUGUCUCCUGUGUGCUGACUGAUUACACUUGUAGAACAGCACAUAUUUAAAGAAAAAAAUGGUUACAUGGAUAGUGUUUUAGUGGUUGAAAGAGAACAGCGAUUUCUUUUUCUUCAUACAGAUACAUCACCAGUUCAGUUUGAAAAGUAGACCUGAGAAAAGAGGACAAUGGAUAAAAGCAUCUUAAGAGACACAACAACAGUGGAUGAAUUCCACAGUGGGACCAAAGCUUCCAGUGCGAUGAGGUCCUUUUACAAGCCGCAUAUAAAACAAUAUAUAUAUAUGUCUAAUGUACUGUAAUGUAUGUAAAAUAUAUUAUGAUUCCGUACUGGAAAAUUGUAUCUGAAAAGUAAUAAUUCAUGCACCAUUAUCAUGUGAUGUUCCCAAUAUAGUUCAAAAUUUUUAAAAAAGAGUAUCAGCUUGAAUGAAGAUCAUGUAAAACAUGUAAAUUGUGAGGAAUAAAAUCAAGGAAGACCGACACAAAAAAAUACUUUA